GCAGUGUCAUUUGGUCACUGUCCUCUUGAAGUCUAUGUAAUUAUCUUCAUGCCUUCUUAUGGCAGGAUAUUAUAUGGCACUUUAUGUUACGGGACACAGGAAAAUCUCGGAGUCCCUGAAGAUGCUGGUCUCUUUAUACAGGUAGCAAUGCUCACACAGCCAAUGGAUGGAGCAAAUCACUCUUUGGUGUCAGAAUUUGUGUUCCUGGGACUCACCAAUUCCUGGGAGAUCCAACUUCUCCUUGUUGUGUUGUUCUCUAUGUUUUACAUGGCAAGCUUGACGGGAAAUUCUCUCAUUAUGUUCACUGUGACCACUGACCCUCACUUACACUCUCCCAUGUAUUUUCUAUUGGCCAACCUCUCUUUCAUUGACGUGGGUAUUUCUUCUGCCACUUCUCCCAAGAUGAUUUUUGAUCUUUUCAGAAAGCGCAAAGUCAUCUCCUUUGGAGGCUGCAUUGCUCAGAUAUUCUUCAUCCAUGUCAUUGGUGGUGUGGAGAUGGUGCUGCUCAUAGCCAUGGCCUUUGACAGAUAUGUGGCCAUACGUAAGCCUCUCCACUACUUGACCAUCAUGAGUCCACGAAUGUGCGUCUUCUUUUUAGUGGCUGCCUGGAUGACAGGCCUUAUACACUCUGUGGUUCAGUUGGUGUUUGUAAUAAACUUACCCUUCUGUGGUCCUAAUGUGUUGGACAGCUUUUACUGUGACCUUCCUCGGCUUAUCAAACUUGCCUGCACAGACACCUACCAACUAGAGUUCAUGGUCAUAGCCAACAGUGGAUUCAUGUCUGUGCUCUGCUUCUUCACACUGAUUAUUUCCUAUAUCUUCAUCAUUCUCACUCUUCAGAAACACUCUUCAUCUGGCUCAUCGAAGGCUCUGUCUACACUUUCAGCUCACAUCACUGUGGUAGUCUUGUUCUUUGGUCCUUCAAUAUUCUUGUACACAUGGCCAUCUCCCUCCACAGACUUAGAUAAGUUUCUGGCCAUCUUUGAUGCAGUUCUCACUCCUCUUCUGAAUGCUAUUAUCUAUACACUUAGGAAUCAAGAAAUGAAGAUGGCAAUGAGGAAAGUAUGCAGACAGCUUGUGAAUUACAGGAAGAUCUCUUAAGUGAUUGCUUGUAUUGUGAGUGUCCUCAUUGAGACCAUUUAAAGCCAUUGCUGAUGGUCAAGCUCAGAGAAGCUUCUCUUUGUCCGAUUGAUUAUCCACACUUAUAUUGGGUGUAUCUGAUCUUUACUUAGCCAGGGAAGGCAUUAACUUAGGAAAACAGAGAAGAAAGUAUAUGUGCAAUAUUUGUAAAUCAAAGAAUAUAGUAACUUUGGGCUGUAAUUCCUAAGGAAUAAUUUUUAUAUAAAAUAAUUCUUAGAAACACAAGAGAGGAAGCUUCUUUAAGGUCCUCAGAAGAAUUUUAGGCAGUAAGCAAUGGUGCAUUUAUAAAGGGUGAUUGAACUGGAUUUUCUUGCUAUAUCCCACAGCUUGCCCUGAUUUACCCCCCUUUUGGGUCUCUGUGAGUCCGUGCAAGGAGAGUAGCAUGUUUGAGAGCACACACGUAGGAUUCUAUUGGAUGCAUGCUUUUGGAUAGAAGCUGUUUGAGCUAUUUUUGGAAUACCAAGAGAGAACUGAGAAUACAUAAUGAUUUUUCUCCAUGAUCAACAUUAUGCUACUCAAACCCAUUCAGUUUUUAUUCGCCUUUCCCUCUCCUCCUUUUUUUGUCACCCACAGUAUACUCUCUGGGCCAGGAAGUUUUUUUCUCCUUUUUCCUUUCCUCCCUCAGGCUUUCUUCCUUCUCCCUCCCAUUCAUUCAUCUCUUCUUCUCUCCUACUUCCCUUUACCCUAGCCACUUUUUCUUUCUACUCUCCCAUUUCUUCUGUCCCUCUUAAAUUGCUCUUUUAACAGUUUUUAUAAAAUGUCUCCUCCA